AUGACAGCAACAAACAACAACAGCAACUUUAUCGUUUCUGAUGAAAAAGUUAUUGAUUCAUUAGCUGAGGAAUUAGUUGUGGCAGAAACUAAAACCCUCAACGAAAGAAUUGGUGAAAACACGAUUGAUUUACAUAACUACCUCAAACACGAUGGAGGAAGAGGAAGGAAAACUGGUAUGGCUUUAUUAGUAAAUAAAAUAUCAAAUUUAACGAUUAUAGAUGUUGAUAUCAAUAAAUCAUACAAUGAUGAACUUAAAGAAACAGUUAGAAAAGAUAUUUUAUCAAAACUUUCGGAUAAAGAUGUUAUCGUUAAAACCGCUUCAGGAGGUCUUCACAUUUAUUGUAACACUAAUUUCUUCUAUGCAGUUUCGAACAGAAUGAUUAAAUGUUAUUCCUGCAAUGAUUAUGAUAUCGACAUAAUGACUUCUAUGGAUGAUUCAAAACGUUCUUUAGUGGUUAUGGCCGAUUCAAGAGUUCGCAAGAAUGCAUCAGAACCAAUCAAUACAUACUCAUUCAUUCGUGGAAGUUAUGAUUCAACAUUAACUAGAACAGUAAAUGAUAUAUUAAAUGAUUUGAAUAUUAAGGUAAGAGUUGAACAAAAGAACGAAGAAAUAAAGACUAUCAUGAAUGAAAACAAAGAUGUAAACAUUGACGAUAAACUUGCCCAGAGCAUAGUUGAUGGUAUUAGUGAUUUUGAAGUACAUAAUGACGGUGGAAACAUGAAUUUAGAAAAAGAAAUAACAUUAUUCACACUGUUUCAAGCUAUUAAUUCAUUACCUAAUCAUUUAAUUAAUGAAGCAUACGAUAACGUUUAUAACUUCUGCA